AUGACAAUGAAAGGCCUGUCCAGCAGCCGUAGUCACCCCCACGCGGUGACCUGCGACCCCUCUUACGACUCCAUGACCCUUGGCCACGCGGAUCGUCGGUCCUACUUCCUCAACCCCGGGGAAUCUCAUCCUGCUGACCACUCCUGCUACACCCAACGCAACUCCUUCCAGUCUGAGUGCAAUGCCUAUCCUGACCUGGCCAGCUGCACCUUCCCCCGCAGACAUUACAGCUCCCACCAUGAGCUGAAGGAGGAGUGUGGCGCUGUGGUGCCUUAUACAGGGCCAACAGGGAGCAGUAAGGGAAGCGGAGGAGGUGGAGCAAACAACAACCGCAUCCCAUCUAACCUGCUAGAGCAGUUUGAGCGCCAGGCGCCGGUGCGGCGUGAAGGCUACCACACGCUGCAGUACAAGCGCACCGCGGUAGAGCACCAACGCAGCGACAGCCCCGGUCGGAUCCGCCAUCUCGUUCACUCUGUCCAGAAGCUUUUCACCAAGUCCCACUCCUUGGAGGGGCCCUCGGGGUCUGGUGGAGGAGGGAGCGGGAGGAUGAAUGGCAGCAAAUCCAGUCCUGAUGACCCGCCCUCAUCCUCCGGCACCCUGAAGCACAGUAAACGCAGUAAGAGCAAAGACCGCUCAAAGUCGGAGCCUAAGAUGCGCACUGCCAUCUCCGGCUACUGGAGCUCAGACGACACGCUUGACCGGGAGGUGUGCCUCUACCACCAUCACCACGGGGGCAGCAGUGGAGGCCUGCCCUCCGGGGUCAUGACUAUGGGGCGCCACCCAGACAAAUCUCAGUCGCAGUACUUCAUGGAGUCCUACAACACCAUCAGCGCCCACUCUCUCAAGACGUCACGCAGCAACAACGAUGUGAAAUGCUCGACGUGCUCCGGGGGCAGCAGUGGAGGGCUGCCGUUGGUGGGCGCGCUGGACGGCCAGGUGCAGCUGAAGAAGAGCUCGUGGUCUUCAACACUGACGGUGAGCAGAGCACGAGAGGUCUACCAGAAGGCCUCAGUCAACCUAGAUAAGGCUCUAGUGAAAGCCGAGCAGGGACGCACCUGCCACUUCCUACAGGUGCCUCAGGAUGACUGGAGCAGUUUCUCUCCACUGGGGAAGGACGAUGAGAUCCCGUGCCGGCGGAUGCGCAGCGGCAGCUACAUCAAGGCCAUGGCAGAAGAGGACAGCGGUGACUCGGACUGCAGCCCCAAACCCUCGCCCAAGGUCCAGGCACGGCGGGCGAGCUACCUGAAGGCCACACAGCCGUCCCUCACAGAGAUGACCACGCUGAAGAUUUCUACAGAGCACUCACCCAAGCUGCAGAUCCGGAGUCACAGCUAUCUGCGGGCGGUGAGUGAGGUUUCCAUCAAUAGGAGUCUGGACAGCUUGGACCCAGCAGGGCUCCUGGCCUCGCCUAAAUUCCGCUCGCGAAACGAAAGCUACAUGAGAGCCAUGAGCACUAUCAGCCAGGUGAGCGAGGUGGAGGUGAACGGGCAGAUCGAGGCGGUGUGUGAGUCAGUGUUCAGUGAGAUGGAGUCGCAGGCGGUGGAUGCCCUGGACCUGCCCAUGCCCGGCUGCUUCCGCAUGCGGAGCCACAGCUACGUGCGUGCCAUAGAGAAAGGCUGCUCGCAGGAGGAGGAGGAGGGAGGCGUCGCAGUGGGCAACAGAAGGACCAACUCACCCCCGCGCACCACCACCACUGUCAGAACCAUCCAGAGCAGCACAGUGUCAUCAUGCAUCACCACCUACAAGAAGACACCUCCCCCUGUCCCACCACGCACCACCCCAUCCAAACCCUUCAUAUCCAUCACAGCCCAAAGCAGCACAGAGUCUGCCCAGGACGCCUAUAUGGACGGGGGCUCGGGCCAACGGACGGGCAUCAGCUCCCAGCCGGGCCUGUCCAACUCCACGGAGAGCAUCGACAGCAUGAAGGCCCUGACGGCAGCCAUCGAGGCGGCUAACGCUCAGGUGCACGGCCCGGCCAGCCAGCAUGUCACAAACAGCACCAUCACCAUCACUGCCACCGCCACCACCUCCGCCGUCGCGCACGUCUCUGCAGACAGCAAGGCGCAGAGGGAAGCGCUCCGCAAGUGCCUCUCCAUAGGGAUCCAGGUGGACCCAGAGGAAGGAGGGCCCACAGAGGAGCAGUCUAAAUUCCAGUCGAUAGGAAUUCAGGUGGAGGAUGAGCGAUGUUACCGCAGGAUGACCCGCUCCAACAGCGUAACCACGGCUGUGCAGGCUGACCUCGACGACCCCACAGAUGUCCCAGAGCUGCCGCCGCGUCACUGCGCCACCAUGCCGCGCCAGCACUCCCGGGACGCUGCCACCUCCACCGUCAGCAUCCAAGGCUCGGGGAACCACUACCAUGCAUGUGCCGGGGAUGACUACGGGGAGGUGGGGUUCGACCCGUCUAUCCUGCCCCCUCCGGACCCCUGGAUGGACAGCGUGGCCGAGCCAGAGGCGGAGGGUUCGGAGGCUGUCGGCCGAUCGGUGUGCCCCCGUGACGGCCGCUGGUUCCUCAAGUUGCUGCAGGCCGAGACGGAGCGCAUGGAGGGGUGGUGUAGGCAGAUGGAGCAAGAUGAGAUGGAGAAUGAGCUGCCUGAUGAGAUCAUGGGGAAGAUCCGCAGUGCAGUGGGGAGUGCCCAGCUGCUGAUGUCCCAGAAGUUCCAGCAGUUCCGGGAGCUGUGUGAGGAGAAUCUGAACCCAAAUGCACACCCACGGCCCAUCUCCCAGGACCUGGCAGGUUUCUGGGACAUGCUCCAGCUGUCAAUCGAGAACAUUAGCCUGAAGUUUGAUGAACUCCACCAACUCAAAGCCAACAACUGGAAACCUCUGACUCCCCCAGAAAUUCAGGAGAGAAGGAUGCCUCCUCCUGUGCCAAAGAAGCCCCAGAAGGGCCACCCUCCCCUGGCUAGGGACCGCUCGCUGGAGAGCUCUGAGCGCCAGCGUCUGGAGGCUCGCAAACGCCUGCUAGCUGCCAAACGUGCCGCGUCGGUUCGGCAGAGCUCUGCUACUGAGAGCGCAGACAGUAUCGAGAUCUAUAUCCCCGAGGCUCAGACCAGACUAUGA